ACACCGGGAAUAACACCGGGAACGGCACCGGGACACCAGGAACGGCACCAGGACACCAGGAAUAGCACCAGGACACCGGGAAUAACACCGGGAACGGCACCGGGACACCAGGAAUAGCACCAGGACACCGGGAAUAACACCGGGACCAAGACCAGGACACCGGGAAUAACACCGGGAACGGCACCGGGACACUGGGAAUAACACCAGGAUACCGGGAAUAGCACCAGGAUACCAGGAACGACACCGGGACCAAGAUCGGGACACCGGGAAUAACACUGGGAACAGCACUGGGACACCAGGAAUAACACCGGGAAUAACACCGGGACACUGGGAAUAGCACCAGGACACCGGGAACAACACCAGGACCAAGACUGGGACACCAGGAAUAACACCGGGAACGGCACCGGGACACUGGGAAUAACACCAGGACACCGGGAAUAGCACCGGGAAUAACACCGGGGCACCGGGAAUAGCACCAGGACACCGGGAAUAACCCCAGGACACCGGGAACGGCACCGGGAACAGCACCAGGAAUAACACCGGGAACGGCACUGGGACACCGGGAAUAACACCGGGAACAGCACCAGGAACGGCACCGGGACCAACACUGGGACCAAGAACGGGACCAAGACUGGGAUACCGGGAAUAACACCGGGGUCAAGACCGGGACACUGGGAACAAAACUGGGACUGAGUGACACCAGGACACCGGGACUGACACUGGGAUUGGGACUGGGACACCGGGACUGACACCAGGACCAGUACUGGGACACUGGGAGCAAAACCAGUGCUGAUACUGGGACAGCAGGACCAACACCGGGACAAACCGGGACAACCGGACGGAGACCGGGACUGACACCGGGACAGACACCGCGACACCGGGAUUGAGAGCAACAGGAUGAAGGUGGCCCCGGUGGCCCUGGUGGCCCUGGCCUGGCUGGCCCUAGUGGGUGCUGGGACACCGGCGACAGGACGGGUGGCCCAGCUGGUGGCCGACUUCGGGUUGCGGCUCUUCCGGGAGGCAGUGGGACACCGAGGGGACACCAACGCCAUCUUCGCGCCCCAUGGGGCCACCGCUGUCUUGGUGGCCCUCCAGCUGGCCACCGCCGGGCAUGGCCGUCAUCAGCUGGAGGUGGCCAUGGGCUUCAGCAUCAACGAUCCAGGGGUGGCGGCGGAGCUGCGGGGGCUGGGCCAGGCGCUGAGGGGACCCGGCCACCUCCUGGCGGUGGCCGAGGGCCUUUUCGCACCCUGCACCCUCCCCUGG